CUCCUCCGCCUCCGAUAAAGCAAAGAAAAAGUUGCAAAAAAGCCGACACCCCGCAAAGCACACAGCCAUUGCUGCGUCUACUCCCAUUCAUUAUACCCCAAAUUUUCUAAUCAUUCUCCCACGAUCCCUCAACCCAUGAACACAUCCUUAUAAUCAAACCCCCACCCCAAUCUACCCACCAUGGACCCCUCCGACGACCCCGUCAUCGCCUCCUACGACAUCUGCCUCACCGACUCAGAAAUCUCCCGCUACGUCCUGCAAUACCUCGACCGACCUGCCGGCUCCUCCUACGACGACCGCCACGGCCAAAAACCCACCUCCUUCCGCCUGAAACCCAAGACGGGUCUUGUGGAAGUCGACGUCCCCAUCAACACGCGGGUGAAUUACGAUGUCAGCAAGGGAUUGCGCUACGGUGAUGCAUUGAAGAAGAGUCGGAGUGCGCGCGAAGGCGGCGCGUUCGGUAUGGCAGGUGGGUUUAGUUCCGGUGGUGCUGGCGGUGGAGCGCCGGCGAAGGUGAAGAUGGAGGAAGCGGCGGAUGCGAAGAGUGAGACGGCGUCGUUGAUGAGGGUGCAAACUCUGGGAGGGCGGAUUAAGAGUCCCGAGGAUGGGGAUCCGGUUUACAUGUUGGCGGCUUUUAGGGGGGACAAAUUGCAUCUUUCGCCUGUUUCGGCUGUUGUACAGCUACACCCGCAACUUCAUCAUUUGGAUGCUUUGGAUGAGAUGCCGACUAAGGGCAAGGGGAAGGCGAGGAAGGAAGGCGAGGAGGAUCGUCCCGGCGAGAGCGAGGCUAGGGCUAUUGAUGUAAAGAUCAAGGCCGCGGAGGAUGGAGAGGCGGCGCAGGUUGCGGGCAAUCUGGAUCUUUUGAAGAAGAUGCAGGAUGAGAAGUGGAAGGAUUAUGAGUGGGUUGAUGCUGAGACUGAGGAAUCGUGGCAAUUGUACGAAAACUACAUGAUGCAUCAGGAUGUGGAUAGUCUGCCGCAGCUGCAGUCGGCGAUUGAUAGUGAAAGUUAUCUGGAUACGAUGAGUGCGCCGCGGAUUGAUCCUGCACGACCGGAGAUGACGGGUUGGGCUAUGAAACAGAACCGGAUGAAGCAGCGGGAGGAACAGCAAUCUGCUCAGGGGACAACGGAGCAAGGGUGAUUUAGCUGCAUUGGCUGGGGUUAUACGAUAUGCAAUAUGACGAAUGCUGAAUGACUUGCACAUAAGCUUGGAAGCAAAAGGGCGUAUACAUAGUAGAAAGGCAGUAGGCUGUAGUACCUCACGGCUAAGUUUGCG